UUGCGCGACGGAACGGUUGGCUUGGCAACGAUUACAGCUUGAUAUAUCCCGAAAACAUACCAGUUGACGUACAUUCUUUUCGAGACCGUCGUUGUUUUCUUUACACAGUUUGAGUGAAUAGCUAUGAUUGAUUCUUCUGGUGCACACGUUGUUUUAGCUUCAUCCAGCGACGAGAAUCACCCACCAGAAAACAUCACUGACGGAAACAAUAAAACGUUUUGGAUGUCCACCGGGAUGUUUCCGCAGGAGUUCAUCAUUCGCUUUCCUGAAACGACCAACAUUUCUACCGUGACAAUGGACAGCUACAACAGUAUGAGACCUAGCCUACUUAAGCAUCUAAAGAUAGAGAGGAAUACCUCACCAAAUGCAGCUAACUUUGAGCCUGUCACACAGGAAGAGAUUGAACACACAGAGGGACACCUGCAGUUGAAUUCUAUUUCACUAAAGGGCUGCAGAGCAACCCACCUACGUUUUAUCGUCACUGAGGGAUACGACCACUUUGUGUCAGUACACAGAAUCAGUGUGAAAACUUGAUGAACUUUAAUUGAGAAAUUGUUGUAAAUUAAAUACCCCUUUACAUUUAUGUAAAAAGUGUAUCUGUGUUUCGUUAUUUGUUCGUUAGUGCAUGCAUUUUAAUCUGCAUUGCAAUCAUGUUUAGUCUUAUUGGAGUAGUACCAGCUGCAGACAAGACAUAUGGCUUAAAGCUGUGAAGUGUUUUUCUGUUCAGCCUCUAAUUCCAAGAUUAGCUUCAAACCAUUUUUACUGUUUUUAGGUUAUGUAAUAUGGUGGAUUCGCUUCUAAAGCUUUUUGUCCUGCAAUCAACUGUUCCUGCUAAUUUCACUAGCUGAUAGUUGGCAACGCGUUGGAAUAAAAGGCUUGGAUUGCGUUGAAUGGCAGACUUCAUUACAAAGGGACUUUCUCUCCGUGUGAGAGAUAGAGUUAAUUAACUAAUUUUCACCAGCAGGGGCUUAAAUUGGUGUUCAUGCUGUGUCCCCCCCACAAAUCCCCCCAAGGACAGGUUCUGAUGCCCCCAAAGACGUCAGAAAUCAUUGGAAAUGCUGCUGGUGGUGGGGUUGGGAAACCAGAUGGCUUCCCAGCCAACCAACGAGUGUCCAGAAACUGCAGUUAUUUAUACAAACUAAUCUACCCAACUCCCACUCUUAUACCUCUUUCGCAUGCACACACUCAGACACAAAUGCUUGCACACAAACACUUCUCCCUACCUCCAUAUCUAACCCCAUUGCCAUUUCAACUUGUCAGGAGGCAAAGGCUUCGGCGGCAUACUAGAGGACCCUUUGGGACUCCCUCUCCAAUUACUUGCUGACUGCAGAGGAGCUUGGGAAAUUUGCAAAGGCUGUGUUUGCUAAAGCUUGGUCUGCAUGCAAGCCUCAGAGUAAACUAAUAAAAUAUGAAAUACGUGCCUGAAUAACUAGCCCCCUGAUAUUUUGGAGCAACUAAUUGCUCAGGGAUACGGCAGGGUUAUAGCACAUUUGAGUAUGUGAGUGCACAGUGAGUAAUGAGGGAGAAGUAGAAACUGAUACAGUGUUAUUGACUCAUUCAUUAUUUACCAGCAUAGAGUAUUUACUAUAAUCUUAGAGGUAACUGUUUUGAUGUGAAAUGGAUCAAACUCUGCUUUUACGUGGGUGCAAUAUUUUUGUUUCUUAUCCAAUGUUUGAAAUUAUGAACGCGUUAAGUUUACUGGCAGUGCAAAUGAAAAGCAGGGAUCCUUAAUUUGAAUGCUAAACAGGUCUGCAGGAGCGCCAUUCUGUAACUAAUGAAUUCAGACCUUUUUUGUGCUUAACUGUCAGCCGAUCAGGAGAGUCACAGCAGGAUAUGAGCACAUUAUUAUCAUGUCACAGCAGGGCAGGCAGGGCCAAGUUAUCACAGAGUGUCCUGUGACGGCUGCCUGUCCAAUCACCCGGGGACAUCUGCUAGACCAAAUGUCCAUGAAAAGUGAUGCUGAUGGUGACCUUUCUG